GCCCCUUCCUCUCUGUGUGCUGUGGUGGCGGGAAAAGUUCGGAAGUUUUCGCGCCGGGGCGGAGCCUGUCCAGGACCUUCGCGCGACUCCUCGGAGGUGGUUCGGGGGGCUGCAAGCAUGGCAGGUACGGUGGUGUUGGACGACGUGGAGCUGCGAGAAGCCCAGAGAGAUUACCUGGACUUCUUGGAUGACGAGGAAGACCAAGGACUUUAUCAAAGCAAAGUGCGGGAGCUGAUCAGUGACAACCAGUACCGUCUGAUUGUCAAUGUGAAUGACCUGCGCAGGAAAAAUGAGAAGAGGGCUAACCGCCUCCUGAACAAUGCCUUUGAGGAACUUGUGGCCUUCCAACGUGCUUUAAAAGAUUUUGUGGCCUCUAUUGAUGCCACCUAUGCCAAACAGUAUGAGGAGUUCUACAUAGGAUUGGAGGGCAGUUUUGGAUCCAAACAUGUCUCCCCAAGAACUCUCACCUCCUGUUUCCUCAGCUGUGUAGUCUGUGUGGAGGGCAUUGUCACUAAAUGCUCUCUAGUUCGACCCAAAGUUGUCCGAAGUGUUCACUAUUGUCCUGCUACCAAGAAAACCAUAGAGCGACGUUAUUCUGAUCUCACUACGUUGGUAGCCUUUCCGUCCAGCUCUGUGUAUCCCACUAAGGAUGAAGAAAACAAUCCUCUUGAGACAGAAUAUGGCCUUUCUGUCUACAAGGACCACCAGACCAUCACUAUCCAGGAGAUGCCAGAGAAGGCCCCAGCUGGCCAGCUUCCCCGGUCUGUGGAUGUCAUCCUGGAUGAUGACUUGGUGGAUAAAGUGAAGCCUGGUGACCGAGUCCAGGUGGUGGGCACUUACCGCUGCCUUCCUGGAAAGAAAGGAGGUUAUACCUCAGGGACCUUCAGGACUGUCCUGAUUGCCUGUAAUGUGAAGCAAAUGAGUAAGGAUGUUCAGCCUUCCUUCUCCGCUGAGGACAUAGCCAAAAUCAAGAAGUUCAGCAAGACUCGAUCCAAGGACAUCUUUGAUCAGCUGGCCAAGUCACUGGCCCCAAGCAUUCACGGUCAUGACUAUGUCAAGAAAGCCAUCCUCUGCUUGCUCCUGGGGGGAGUGGAACGAGACCUGGAGAACGGCAGCCACAUCCGCGGGGACAUCAAUAUCCUCCUCAUAGGAGACCCCUCCGUUGCCAAGUCUCAGCUGCUGCGGUAUGUGCUUUGUUCUGCACCCCGAGCUAUCCCCACCACUGGCCGGGGCUCUUCUGGAGUGGGUCUGACAGCUGCUGUCACCACGGACCAGGAAACAGGGGAGCGCCGUCUGGAAGCAGGGGCCAUGGUGCUAGCCGACAGAGGGGUGGUUUGCAUUGAUGAGUUUGACAAGAUGUCUGACAUGGACCGCACGGCCAUCCACGAAGUGAUGGAGCAGGGUCGAGUGACCAUCGCCAAGGCUGGCAUCCACGCCCGGCUCAAUGCCCGCUGCAGUGUUCUGGCUGCUGCCAACCCCGUCUAUGGCAGGUAUGAUCAGUACAAGACCCCUAUGGAGAACAUCGGCCUACAGGACUCACUGCUUUCUCGAUUUGACUUGCUCUUCAUCAUGCUGGACCAGAUGGACCCUGAGCAGGAUCGGGAGGUCUCAGACCAUGUCCUGAGGAUGCACCGCUACAGAGCACCUGGGGAGCAGGAUGGCGACGCUAUGCCUUUGGGAAGUGUUGUGGACAUUCUGGCCACAGAUGAUCCCAACUUCAGCCAAGAGGAGCAGCAAGACACCCAGAUAUAUGACAAACAUGACAGCCUUCUACAUGGGACCAAGAAGAAAAGGGAGAAGAUGGUGAGUGCCGCCUUCAUGAAGAAGUACAUCCAUGUGGCCAAAAUCAUCAGACCCGUCCUGACACAGGAGUCGGCUGCCUACAUCGCAGAAGAGUACUCACGCCUGCGCAGCCAGGGGGACAUGAGCUCUGACACCGCCAGGACAUCUCCGGUUACAGCCCGGACUCUGGAAACUCUGAUUCGAUUGGCCACAGCCCAUGCCAAGGCCCGCAUGAGCAAGACCGUGGACCUGCAGGAUGCAGAAGCAGCCGUGGAGCUGGUCCAGUACGCUUACUUCAAGAAGGUUCUGGAGAAGGAGAAGAAACGGAAGAAGCGAGAUGAGGAUGAGUCAGAGACCGAAGAUGAAGAGGAGCAAAGUCAGGAGGAAGCUGAACAGAGGAGAAGGAAGAAGCCUCGGCGCUCAGAGGCCAAAGAUGGGGACUCCUAUGACCCUUAUGACUUCAGUGACAGAGAGGAGGAAAUGCCUCAAGUGCACACUCCAAAGACAACGGAACCGCAGGAGACCAGAGACUCCCAGAAGGUAGAGUUGAGUGAAUCCAGGUUGAAGGCAUUCAAGGUGGCUCUUUUGGAGGUGUUCCAAGAAGCCCAUGCCCAGUCUGUGGGCAUGAAUCGCCUUACAGAAUCCAUCAAUCGGGACACAGAGGAGCCCUUCUCUUCAGAAGAGAUCCAGGCUGCCCUGAGCAAGAUGCAGGACGACAACCAGGUCAUGGUGUCAGAGGGAAUCAUUUUCCUCAUCUGAGGAGGGCUUUCUUGAAGGACUUUGGAAUUCCACCAACGAAAUGCGCCCCCUGCUUCCUCCCUCCCUCCCUGGCCUUUGCUUUCGUUACCUGGGUAACAGUAGUUGAUUGAACUGAGGAUGAUGGACGCUGGUGACAGAGCUGAUGAGAACUUGAUGGA